CACGUCCGGAUCUUUUUCUUUUCUUUUCUUCUUCUGCACGCGUUUGAAAAACAGAGCGCGUUUACAACAUAGACUGUAUGGUUUUCAAUCAGACCUUAAGAUGAUGGGAAGCAGUUUUCUGAGUGCAGACAGAGCUCGCAGUCCUCCGGUGAAAGUGUUGUCCAGCCAGCUGCGUGAAGGGACAGAGCGCCAGACAGCAGGAGGAAGGUCCGAGUAUGUUAUCAGACGACUGGGCCCCGGUGAGCAGCGCUCGUUACCGGUGUCCGUGGUCUGGAUGCAGGGGACUGUGCUGGAAGUGCAGUCCGAUCACAACACCGUGCUCAUUCUGGACGAGACCGGGAACUUUGUCGUCAGCGGCAUUAACAGCGUGCCGAAGGGAAAACCCUGCCUGAGUGCUGGUAAAUACGUCAUGGUUAUGGGUGUCAUCCAGUCUCACAGUCCAGAGCCGGUGCUGCGUGCUGUGAAGAUGGCAGAUCUUUCUGAAAAUGCUUUGAUUCACAGGAAAAACUGGAUCUACGAAGUAGAAGAUCUCCAGCAGAUUUUGCCUUAAAUCUUUUAUUUGUUUGUGUCAUGAGACUGAUCCGGUUGUUUUUGUUCUGGUGCAGCAUUUAUAAUAUUUGCCAAGCAAACAGAGGGAACAAACAGAAAUUGCAUUACAUGCACACGAUAGGACUUUUGAGUGUGAAAGCAUACACAUAUUCAUUUAUUUAAUCAUUUUCUACAUACAUUUGAUUAAAGAAAGAAGAACUUUUGCACUGUAAUUAUGUAUAAAUGUUACACAGAUGUCUUCACUAGUGUGAAAUAAAGUUAUUUUUAUUUUUAUA